CUCAAUCUGAGUCUCUAGCGGGCGACUAACCUCCACCGGAGUAAAUAGAUUGAGGCCUUAACAAACAAAACCUCCACUACCGAAGUAAAUUCGGUACAGAAUAGUGAGUUGGCUCCUCGACUAAAGUCACCAACUCCCUACCUUCAAUCAAGGAUGCUCUAUCAACCUAGGCAGAUAUUCUCAUUCUAGGUCAAAGCAGAAACAACAGGAAUUUGAUCAGAAUUCAAGUCAUUCAAUCAUUCAAACCUCAAUCGAAUAUAAUCAAAUCAUAGAAUCAGUACUUGGGUUCAUACAAUCACAGCCUAACAUACAAAUCUAGGGUUCUCCAUACCCAGAUGAAUGGGAGAACUACUCCAUGGAGAAAGAAGCAAAAGCAGAAUCAGACGCGGAAUUCAUACUGUGAAGGAUGGAUUCCUGCUUCUGGACGUUGAUCGGCACUUCUCCAAGCUCAAGCCAAGCUCCAAUGGUGAUGAAGAUCAAGCUAGGGCACUUGGAGACUCUUGUUCGUCGCUUUCUCUCUCUAGGAAUCGCCCUGCCUCUCUAAAACUCGAAUCCCCUUCUGUUUUGGCUGAAAUCUGCUUAAAAGGGCAUCAGUGGCCAAAGCACGGUCGAGGGCACGGCCGUGUAAUGCCUCAGCCCGCCCGUGCUUUGGCUAGGGUUAAUUACACGGCCAGUGCAUUGGGAGAAACAUGGGCGUGUUUGAUGAUGGACACGGCCGUGCUUUGGUGGCCACGACCGUGCUUUGUCUAAGCCCUGCCCGUGUUUUUAGCCAAUGUUUGCCAAACUCGAAUUUGCUCUCGGCAGUAAAAGCACGGCCACAGAACACGGCCGUGUUCUGUUUUAGGUGUGCCCGUGUUUUGGCCCCAGCUCGACGAAAUGACUUCCGAAUGCCCCGAAACUCGUGCUUAGCCUUUCCAUUGACGCCUGGGACCUGAAAUAUGACAAAAUAGCACAACCCGACGUAAAAUAGGCCAAAAAUACACGACUAUGCCCCUCAAACGGAUAAGAACAAGGGGCCCAAAUAUGUGCAAAUACAUCGUUAUCAAUUAU